AUCUGCAUGCUUGUCCUCGUCGCCAUGGUGAGGGGAGCUCUGGACGCACUCCUUCUAGCCGCCAGGAAAUAGUAGUGUGUGGUUAGGGGUGGGUGGACCCCUGCCCAUUCAGCGAGGGGAUCCCGAGCCAAAUCCUGGUACCGAGUUAGGAACCAUGCCUGUGGUGCUCCCCUCCACCGACCGCGGCCAGGACUCCCGCGUCGGGGCUCCAGAAUGGCGCCAGGCGGCCCAGGCCACGUCUCGCAAGGCGCACCUUCUGACCGAUCGCUGCGGGCAGGAGGCGGUGACCAUGUGGCAGCCCAAAGACAGUGUACUGGACCCGAAUGUGGCUCACCACCUGGGCCGAGCCGCCUACAUGGAGCCCUGGCGCUUUCGCGUGGAGAUGCUGAAAGGCGGAGGCACCCUGGAGAAGCCACCGCCCGGAGAAGGCGUCACUCUGUGGAAAGGGAAGAUGAAGCCCCCGGCCUGGUACGCGCGCCUGCCGCUGCCCAUGCACCGCGACGCGCGUGCCCAGCAGACCGCAGAGGUGGUGCACGCGCACGCGCGCGGAGCGCGCCUCACCGCCGCCCGCCUUGGCCGCGCGCAGCACCAGAUCAAUGGGCAGCUGCGGCUGCUGCUGCGCCAGCGCGAAGCCAGUGACCGCAGGCUCAGCGAGGUGCGCAAGGGCCUGCUCAUCAACCAGCAGAGCGUCAAGUUGCGGGGCUACCGACCCAAGUCCGAGAAGAUUCCGGACAAGGCUGACAGCAUGCUUGUCUGGGAGAAAGAGGAGCUGAAGUCCAUGAAGAGAAAAAUGGAGAAAGACAUGGAAAAAUCGGAGACCUUGCUCAAGGCUCUGGCCUCCUGCCGGGACACUCUGGACUUCUACUGUCAGGAAAGGCUUCAAGCUGUGGAACUCAUGAACCAGCCUCUGGACAAGGUUCUGGAGCAGGCUGGCCGCCACUCGUGGGUGGACAUCACUCGACCCCCAACUCCUCGAACUCAAGGCCAAAAAACGCCUCCCCCUGACCCUGUGGGCACAUACACCCCAGCCUGCGCUAAGGCCUUGUUUGAAGCCAAGCGCUUGUUGAUGGAGUCCAAGGACACCUUAGCGGAGAUGGCAAAGAAUGAGGUGGACAUUCAGAAUCAACAACAGAACAUCAGCGACCGCGUAUGCGCUUCACUGGCACAGAAGAUGCGCGAGACCCUGGAGUUGAAGGAAAGAAUGACUAUGACUUUAGGGCUAAUGAGGGGAACUAUCCACCGGUGCAUGAAAUUCAAUCAAGAGAUGUAUGUCACGAGGGGCCUUAUCAAGGGUCCUCUGUUGAAAAGAAACCUGGAGGCUCGAGAGAAACUGAACAGACCCUUGGUUCGCAUGUAUCAGAGACACGUGGGCACCCAGCUCCCCGAGGCUACGCGCCUUGCCCAGGGUACUGACAAGCUGACGCGCCACAACUUGCACAUGGAAAAGAAUUUAGCGGAGCUCCGUACAACACACGACAACCUCGCCUGGGGCCUCAACUGCAAAAAGAUAGGACAUGAUGUUGACUACGAUGUGGUGCGCCUGCGCCUACGCCAGCGCCACCCACACGUGUGCUAUGAGCAGGCACAGCGCCUGGUCAACGACUGGGACCCUCGCACACCACCGCGCAGCCAAACCAGUACCGCCCCCAAGUGACCUUGUGCUCAGGCGACUAGAGAGAUGUUCCCAAACGGAUGGCCCUCCCUCCCUCCCUCUCUCCCUCUGACUCAUCUUCCCUCCAAACGCCCUCUAGCAGAACUAUAAUUAAAUAUAUUGUCACU